AUGACAAUCACGUUUGGGUUGAAAUCUAGCUUAAAUAAGCAUUGUCGUCCAACCUUUGAUCAAAUUAGAGAAGGAAAAACUCGAAAGCUUCCUGUUAUUGACUUCACUAAUCUCAAUAAUUUGAGAGGCAGCAGUCCUAAUUGGGAGGCAGUAAAAUCCAAAGUUCACAAGGCACUAGUAGACUAUGGUUGCUUUGAAGCAAUUUUUGAUAAAGUUCCUAUAGAUCUUCGCAAGGAAAUAUUUGGUGCACUAGAAGAGGUGUUUGAUCUCCCUCUACAAACCAAGCAACUCAACGUGUCUAAGAAGCCCUUUCAUGGUUACUUUGGACAGCAUCCUGUGAUCCCACUUUUUGAGAGCAUGGGCAUUGAUGAUGCAAAUGUCUCUGAAAAAGUAGAAAACAUGACCAAAAUCUUGUGGCCUGAUGGAAACCCAAGUUUUAGCAAAACAAUAAAUUCAUUCUCUGAGCAUGUAUCAGAGUUGGACCAGAUUAUUAGGAAGAUGGUUUUGGAGAGCUUGGGUGUUGAACGGUACUUGGAUGAGCACUUAACCAAUUACCUCCUCCGGGUUAUGAAAUACACUGCCCCUCAAACUACUGACACAAGAAAAUGCCUCACCAGUCACACAGACAAAAACAUUGUGACCAUAUUGUACCAAAAUCAAGUGGAGGGUUUGGAGGUGCUGACCAAAGAUGGCGAAUGGUUAAGCUACAAGCCUUCCCCAGAAAGUUUCUUUGUUGUGAUUGGUGAAGCUCUCCAUGCAUGGUCAAAUGGGAGGUUGCAUUCACCCUUUCACCGAGUGAUGAUGACGGGGAACGAAGCUAGAUACUCUACAGGGCUGUUCUCCGUUCCCAAGGGAGGGUACAUUAUAAAAACCCCGGAGGAGCUGGUGGAUGAGGAGCACCCUCUUCUGUUUAAGGGUUUUGAUUAUGCUGAGUUUGUCAAGUAUUAUCAAACUGAAGAAGGCAAGAGAGAUCAGUUUGCUCUGCGCACUUACUGUGGAGUUUGAACUUUGAACUGUCAGUCAUUGACCGUGUUACGUAAUUGUGUUGUGGAUUCAAAUGUUCCCUAGACAAAUUACCAUGAACUUAAUUAAACUCCACCUAUGUAUUUGCAAUCAUAGAGUGUGUACCAUAGAAGUGUUGUAUGCUUAAGCUUAAUGUUCCCAAAAAAUGUACCUUGGACUCAAUAAAACUCUUAGCUAUAUGUAUUUGCAGUGAA